UAUGCAGUAAAACAUGUGUGUUGCCUUGCGCUGGAGAUCUUAUAUGCCUUCUUGCCUCGGGCAGAGUCAUUCCGAAGAAACAGAGGCUUCUUGAGUUCCCAGAACGAAUCCCCAGGCUUUGGGAGGAGGAAAAGUGAAGCUCGGGGUCAGAAGGCGUAGGUCAGAGGGACGAAUUGGCGGGAGAACGAGGUUUUGGUAAUCACGACCUGUUGCGGCGGUGCCUCUGCGUGGCUCCUUGUUCCGGGAGUGACAUGAUUUCUCUUCUGGAAGCUAAUGGAUCCACACUAUAAACGUCAGAAGCAAUCUGAGGAGAAAGUGUUCAGGCUGUGUAACUGGGACAGUGCAGGUUCCUGCUGGGCCCACCAUGGCUCCUGUGAAGAUCAGCCAUGUGGUGUCAUUCUCUUCUCAGGAUCCCAAGUUCCCUGUGGAGAACUUGCUGAACCCAGACAGCCAGAGAGGACCUUGGCUCAGCUGCCCACGUGACAAGAGUGGCCAACUGAAAGUAGAACUACAGCUGGAGAAAGCAGUGACCAUUGGCUACAUCGACGUGGGUAACUGUGGCUGUGCUUUCCUGCAAAUCGAUGUGGGCCGUUCUUCCUGGCCCCUGGACAGACCUUUUGUCACCCUGCUCCCUGCAACCAUGCUAAUGUCCCUCAUGGAUUCAAAGCAGGGGAAAAACCGCUCAGGGGUUCGCAUGUUUAAAGAUGGUGAUUUCCUGGCUUCAGCCUCGGGUGACUCCUGGGAUCGACUUCGCCUCACCUGCUCCCAGCCCUUCACGCGUCACCAGUCCUUUGGCCUGGCCUUCCUGCGGGUGUGUUCUUCACCGGACUCUUCAGAUGACCCUGUCUUGGGUCUCUCAGUCCCCAUGAGCUCUGGGCUGAGCCAGGUCUCUUCUGAAGCUCAAGAGUCUGAUCCAAGCCCCUGGAUGGCUAAUCCGUCCAUCCGAAGAACAUUCUUCCCAGAGCCCCCAAAGAACACGGAGGAAAUCUCCAAGCUUAAGAAUAUGCUAAAGCAGCUGCAGCCAGGGACAUUGGGCCGGUCGGCCCACAUGGUGCUGUCAGCUGCUCGCAGAACACCUCCAGCCAGUGCGCCAAGUCCAGCAAACAACCACGGAGAACCAGGCUCCAGCCAGACAGACAGUGCAGAGCCCAGACCUGAGAACCAGAACACAGAGAGUGGCAUGCGCAGGGCGAAGAGACAGAGGACACGGGAGGCGCAAGCCAGCGGACUUGUCUCUGAAUCUAACCCAAGCAAGAGGAGGUCAUCAAAGACAGAUCAGAGAGAACGUCCCCGACCCCAGGCUCAAGUCAGCGCUGUCCAGGAGAAGGGACAGUGCCCCAUCUGUGCAGGGUUCUUCACCAUGGAGAUUCUCCCCCAGCACGCAGCCACGUGUGGAGAGACUUCGCCGCCACCACGGUCCGCCUCUCCCUCCUCACCGCCGUCCAUCGGUGGGAGGAUAUUAGGCGGCGGGGUUGGAGACUUGGGGUCCCACCCUCUCGCCUCCUUCCUCCCACCCCAGCCCAACUGGACAGAGAUCGUGAACAAAAAGCUGAAGUUCCCGCCUUCACUGCUGGGGGCCAUCCAGGAAGGGCAGCUGGGCCUGGUGCAGCAGCUGCUGGAGUCCGGGCUCGAGACCCCCAGCGGUGGGACCAGUGGGCCCCCGCGGCACGUGGAGGAGGCAGAGGACCGGUCCUGGCGGGAAGCUCUCAAUCUGGCCAUCCGCCUGGGCCACGAGGCCAUCACCGACAUCCUGCUGGCCAAUGUCAAGUUCGACUUCCGGCAGGUCCACGAGGCCCUGCUGGUGGCUGUGGACACGAACCAGCCGGCUGCAGUGCGCCGCCUGCUGGCGCGGCUGGAGCGGGAGAAGGGGCGCAAAGUGGACACGCGGUCCUUCUCACUGGCCUUCUUCGACUCGUCCAUCGACGGCUCCCGCUUCGCGCCGGGGGUCACGCCGCUCACGCUGGCCUGCCAGAAGGACCUGUACGAGGUGGCGCAGCUGCUCAUGGCGCACGGCCACAGCAUCGCCCGGCCGCACCCCGUCUCCUGCGCCUGCCUCGAGUGCAGCAACGCCCGCCGCUACGACCUGCUCAAGUUCUCCCUGUCGCGCAUCAACACCUACCGCGGCAUCGCCAGCCGCGCCCACCUCUCGCUGGCCAGCGACGACGCCCUGCUGGCCGCCUUCCAGCUCAGCCGCGAGCUGCGGCGCCUGGCGCGCAAGGAGCCCGAGUUUAAGCCUGAGUACAUCGCCCUGGAGUCACUGAGCCAGGACUACAGCUUCGAGCUGCUGGGCAUGUGCCGGAACCAGAGCGAGGUCACCGCGGUGCUCAAUGACCUGGGCGAGGACAGUGAGACCGAAGCCGAGGUCCUGGGCCAGGCCUUCGAGGAAGGCAUCCCCAACCUGGCAAGACUGCGGCUGGCUGUCAACUACAACCAGAAGCGGUUUGUAGCACACCCCAUCUGCCAGCAAGUCCUGUCCUCCAUCUGGUGUGGGAACCUGGCUGGCUGGCGUGGAAGCACCACCAUCUGGAAGCUCUUCAUCGCCUUCCUCAUCUUCCUCACCAUGCCCUUCCUCUGCCUGGGCUACUGGCUGGCACCCAAAUCCCGGCUGGGCCGCCUGCUGAAGAUCCCCGUGCUGAAGUUCCUGCUGCACUCCGCCUCCUACCUGUGGUUCCUCCUCUUCCUGCUCGGGGAGUCCCUGGCCAUGGAGACGCAGCUGAGCACCUUCCACGGCCGCAGCCAGAGCGUCUGGGAGACUUCGCUCCACAUGGUCUGGGUCACAGGCUUCCUGUGGUUCGAAUGUAAGGAGGUGUGGAUCGAGGGCCUGCGCAGUUACCUCCUGGAUUGGUGGAACUUCCUGGAUGUGGUCAUCCUGUCCCUGUAUCUGGCGUCCUUCAUGCUCCGCCUCCUGCUGGCUGGACUCGCCUACAGGCACUGCCAGGAUGCCCCCGAGGGCACCCCCUGCCGCUAUUUCACCACGGCUGAGCGAAGCGAGUGGCGCACAGAGGACCCCCAGUUCUUGGCAGAGGUGCUCUUCGCCGUCACCAGCAUGCUCAGCUUCACCCGCCUGGCCUACAUCCUGCCUGCCCACGAGUCCCUGGGCACGCUGCAGAUCUCCAUUGGCAAGAUGAUCGAUGACAUGAUCCGGUUCAUGUUCAUCCUCAUGAUCAUCCUAACUGCCUUCCUCUGCGGUCUCAACAACAUCUAUGUUCCCUACCAGGAGACGGAGCGGCUGGGCAACUUCAACGAGACAUUCCAGUUUCUGUUCUGGACCAUGUUCGGCAUGGAGGAGCACAGCGUGGUGGACAUGCCCCAGUUUCUGGUGCCGGAGUUUGUGGGCCGGGCCCUGUACGGCAUCUUCACCAUCGUCAUGGUCAUCGUGCUGCUCAACAUGCUCAUCGCCAUGAUCACCAACUCCUUCCAGAAGAUCGAGGAUGACGCAGACGUGGAGUGGAAGUUCGCGCGCUCCAAGCUCUACCUGUCCUACUUCCGAGAGGGCCUGACCCUGCCGGUGCCCUUCAACAUCCUGCCCUCGCCCAAGGCCUGCUUCUACCUCCUCAGGAGGAUAUUCCGGCUCCUUUGCUGCUGCUGCUCCUGCUGCAAGACCAGGGAGCCAAACUACCCCCCGAUCCCCAGCUACGCCAACCGCGGGGCAGGCGCAGAGCCCGGGGAGGGAGAGCAUGAGCGUGGGUCCUAUCGCCUUCGAGUCAUCAAGGCCCUGGUUCAACGCUACAUCGAGACUGCCCAGCGGGAGUUCGAGGAGACGCGUCGGAAAGAUCUGGGCACCAGGCUGACCGAGCUGACCAAGACAGUGUCCCGGCUGCAGGGGGAGGUCGCUGGCGUGCGGCGCAGUCUGGCAGAAGGCGGGGCGCCUCGACCUCCCGAAGGUGCCAGCGUGCUCAGCCGCUACAUCACCCGAGUGCGCAACAGCUUCCAGAACCUGGGACCCCCCAUCCCUGAGACCCCGGAGCUGACGAUGCCAGGGGUGAUGGGGGCCCCGGGGUCUCAGAGUGCUGGAGGGGCUGAAGCCCUCGCUCUUGAAGAGCUCAGCCCGUCCUCUCCUGCUCACGUGCUCGUACACCAAGAGCAGGAGCCUGAGGGGGCCCGAGAGCUGGGCCCCGAGGGACAGGUGGAGGCCCCGGGGGAGCCCUGAGGCAAGGGAGGGCCCCUUGUUCUGUGGCUGAGGUCAGCA